AUGGCCGACGCCGCCCGGGAGGCUGCUGCCAAGCAGCGCAUCGUGUCGCACAUGAAUGCCGACCAUCAGGACUCGGUCGCACGAUAUCUCGAGCACUACUGCAACGUCUCCUCGUUCACUGCUAGAAAAGCGCGCCUGACCGACAUGUCCCUGGGGUCCCUGACCAUCGAGGCCGGGAGCAGGAAGUUCACGAUCCCGCUGGAGCCUCCGAUGCAGGCGUGGCGCGAGGCGCGCGAGCGCGUCAUCCAGAUGGACAGAGACUGUCUCGCUGGGUUGGGCCGAAGCGACAUUACAGUCAAACAGUACACCCGCCCGCGAGGAGCACAUGCUGUCAUCUUCGUCGUCUGUGCGCUUACGGACGUGCUUGUUUCACGUCGGGCCAACGCACUCCCAGGGUCGUUUAUCUACACCCACGUGCUCAGCUACUCGCCGGGCUUCGCGAGUUUUGUGGCCCAGGUGCAGCCGGUUGUGCUGGCACUGAUGAUAGGCAUCCACGUUGUCGAGGCAUCCAUCAUGGCGCGUAGGCUGCAGCGGCACAACGUGGCGCAGCUGAGUGGGCUGUGGUGGUUGUGGGUCGCUUCCUGCUUUAUCGAAGGCUUCGGGGCGUUGCAGAGGGUUGACGCCCUCGUGCACCAGGGCCGUCGCGAGAAGGACAAGCAGAAGCACUGA